AUGAAAAUUUCUGGAGCUGUUCUGUUCUUGGUUGUCAUCAUUGCUGCCCUCUGCUGUCAAGUCAAUGUAUCACCCUAUGGUCCUGGCAUCCCAACCAUUUGCUGCCUACAUUUCACCAGCAGAAAUAUCCCUCCAAAUUUGGUGGUAACCUAUAAGAGCACCAGCAGCCCAUGUGAGAAUAAAGCUAUUAUCUUUAUCACAAAACGAGGCCUCAACAUCUGUCCUAAGCCAAAGGAACAGUGGGUCCAACAUAUUAUGAACCAAUUAGACAACCAGAAAGCCAAGACCCAGAGGCCAGGUAGGCUACUGACCCUUCCUCAUCCCCCUGCUUAUCAUGAUUCCAAAAUGGUUGGAGAAUAA